AUGGAUGUACCUGUUCAGGAUACGGUCGUUGAAGCGAUCAAAACCGAGGAACCUACUAUGUCUGAUACAUUAUCAUCGUAUCUACCUAGAGUGGACCAAUUUUAUAUCCCAGAAUGGUUAACAAUGCAAUUUAUUGCAAAUAAUUUAAUAUCGUUUACACCAUUAUUCUCAUAUGGUUCCACAGUAAUUAGUAUUGAACGAAGCCAAACCGCUCUUGGAUUUUCUAUUGAUAUAUGUGCUACUAUGAUGAUUGCAAGUAUACUAAGAAUAUCAUAUUAUUUAAUUACGCCGUAUGAGAUCACAUUAUUACGUCAAUCAAUAGUGAUGAUAUUAAUUCAAUUAGUAUUAUUACACACAAGUUUAAAAUAUAGGCCUGAAGAAUAUAAAUAUCAUAAUUUAAAAGAUGUUGAAUCAAUGAAUGUUUUAUUACAUGAGAUAUGGUUAGAAUUUUUUGAUUCAAAUGAUAUGCUACAAUAUAGUAAUAAUAAACCACAACAAUUAAUUAAUAAUUUAAAGACAUUAUCAUUUAAAAAAUUAUCUUUAUUUAGUUAUAAAGUCAUAUUAGCCUGUGUUUAUAAAUUUCUUAAAUUUUUUGAUCCAGGUUAUAAACGUGUAUUUGCAUUUUGGCAAUGGGCAGAUAAAAAGACAUAUUGGAAAUUUCUUGCAAGUUUUGCAACUUUUCAAAUUUUAUUAACUGUAUUAAUAUCAAAAGUAUUAAAUUGGGAAGAAUUAGCACAAUUAUUAGGUUCGAUUAUCGGUUCAUUAGGAUUAUUAGUUGAAUCAUUAUUACCAUUACCACAAAUUGCAAUUUUAUAUACUUUAAAAUCUAUUCAAGGUUUUAAAUUAAUUCUUUUAGUCAGUUGGCUCUGUGGUGAUACAUUAAAGAUUACAUAUUUAGUCUUUGGUGCUAAGAAUAUUUCAAUUUUAUUUUUCUUAUUUGCAUUUUUUCAAAUGUCAUUAGAUUUUUACAUUGCAGGUCAAUAUAUUUAUUAUAAAUUUUAUUAUCCAAAACUUCGUAAUGAAGUUGGAUUUCAUGAUCAAGAAAUUGAAAUGACAGAUUUUGUUAAGGAUCAAAUUCUUGAACCUGUCAAUACGGACAAUGAUGAUUCUUCAAGAGAUGAUUUAGAUAUACAGCCAGGUCAUUCUCAUGCUCGUCAACCACAAACUUUCCAAUAA